AUGCAGAGUGGGGCAAUUAUCUCUAUCUCACCUGGAAGCUUAUCAACGCUCUUUACUUCGACGUCGGUUCUGACGUUAAGUGCAUGGACGAAUAGCUCAUAUCUGUGCGAAAAUAUGCGACCACCAAGCCCCCUACCCGCACUAGAUCCCACAGACCAUAGUUACUGUCCCAUUGUCGCUGGCCAGUUUGCCUUUUCAUCGACAAUACCCUGGGGCCGAAAUCGGGAACUUACCACUCUUAUCACCCGUCUUCGAGCUGUCGACCCCUUUGGAAAAGAGCUUGUAUGUCUGGACGUUCUAACGACUCCACUGGACCCACGACCUAAAUCGCCGUAUGGAAGAGCCGAAAUCAUUUUCUGGUCAACAAUCGCGCUCGCAAUUGCAUACUGGCUAGUGGUUGGCAUCGCAAGGAUAUCUUCGGCAUGGGGUAGGGGCAUUACUCGCCAGGAACAUGGAAUAUGGUCUCGUGCACAAAGUGCGGGUUAUAUCCUCGCAAGUGCAAUCAGUGGAGAACGUCUAGCCACCAGCCCCGCGCUGAUGCGUUUUGCUACCCCCUCUCUGCGAGACGUUAUUUUCCAUACCCAAUGGUGCACCGUGCUCGCGAUGGUGGCCGUAGAGUGGCCUCAAUUUGUUUACCCCUUAUUAACGCAGACCGCAUGGUCGACACUCGCUUAUAACGUCUCAUUAACAAUAUCCUCUGAACAUCACCACUGGAACCCGGUCAACACCACAACCUUUGACCCUCCAUCCGGCUACACCGACCAAGUUUCAGAUCCAGCAUCGCCUCUAUUCAUUAAUCCCGAAAUACCAAAUGUUAUCCUCUCCCUCCCUCCAGACGCAACCCAUGGCAUGUCAUCUUUUGCGUAUACUCUCGGCGUGCGUCCACAAGAUCUAUUCCCAACAUGUCUCAUUCUAUUUCUCGGCAUCAUUGGUGGAACGAUUAUCAUCUCCGUUCUCAUCUGGUUCGUCGACUACGCUGUUUCUGUGAACUUCAACAAGGGUCAUACCUCGAGCAUGAAUCGCCUAACGAGGACUAGAAGCCCAGCCUUCGGAACCAGCAAGGAAAUAUCCGACCCACCGACGGGAUUAGAGGAGAGCAAGUCACUGACCGGAUCAGGACAUGGCACUGCAGCUAGCGGAAAAUUCCCCAAUGCCCGGUUUCCGCUACCCCUAGCAAGCGCGGGUGCGGCGUCUGACCGCGGAAUCAAUUCGCACAGAGCGUGGUGGAAGCUUCGUACCGACAUAGGUGCCUUCCACGGCAGUGUCUUGCACGGCAACCUUGUACGGAUCCUGGUCCUCUUCCACCUGCCGGUGACCGUGUUUUCGUGCUAUCAAAUGACGCUGUCUCGCGAUGUGGUGGGAAUUUCGUCGGUGGUGCUUGCUGCACUAUCAUUUGUCGUCUUCUCGAUCCUGAUACCUGCACAUUUGGUCAUUCGGGUAACAUUCACGACGACGAACAAGCUGUAUGACGAGACAAAGACGCUCCUCUCUCUUGGCCCGUUAUAUAAUCACUACCGACAUGGGUCGCAACUCUUCGCAACCUUGUUAUUCGCGACGAACAUAGCUUUUGGUGUGACGAUUGGUGCGGGUCAGAAGAGCGGGACAGCACAAGCCAUCAUCAUUUUGGUCGUCGAACUUAUUUCAGCGCUUGUUACGAGCAUCUGGCUGCCAUGGGGUAGCGGUGCGAGUAUGGGCCUCAUUAGUUUCUUGUUCUGUGUCGCUAGGAUCGUCAUAGCCGUCUUGCUGGUCAUUUUGACCCAGGCUAUUUCGAUAGGUCCAGGACCUGGAGGCUGGGUUGCAUACGGUAUACUCGUCAUCCUCGCUCUCGUAUACUUGGCCUUGCUUCUUCUACUCCUUGUCAAGAUCCUCGAAGGAAUAGUCCGCAUUGUCGGCGGCAUUGGUUUUGACAGGAGCAAACGCUCAACCGACAGUGGCCUCGUCGGCGCCUGCGGUCUGCUUGGCUGCUGCGGCGAUUCUCGGAAGAAGCGUCGGUCGCGUCACAAACACAGGGUACCGAACAGCCAUGGUCCUUCAAGAGCACAAACGCGCGACUCGGAUUUGUCUUCGUACCUGCCUCCUGCAGGAGGUAUUGUGGCGGAUGGCACUGCGACUCCGCCCAAGUUUUUGAAUACCGAGUCGAGGAAGGGUUCGACACAUUCACAGCCGCCUUCAGUUCUCAAACCCGAGCACGCAAAUCGCCCAUACAAGGAAGAGGUAUUGGAUACUGACGAUGAGGGGUAUAUCAUGGGUGCUUGGCAACCUUUCCCAGCCAGGAACUCGACGGGGUAUACGCCCGUCAGCGACGGACCCCAGACGUCUGCGCCUGCUAAUCUCGGUCGACCACAGAACCAGAAGCCCUCCCCUACGAGCAAUACCGGCUUCUCACGCAUCGGCGGUGGCCGUGCCCAUUAUGACACUCCGUACGCCAUCAAGACGGGCUCGACGCAUACAUUCCCCUCAAUUGGCCAGCAAAGCCAGAUCGCUCAAGCUCAACCGGCCAGUCAGAGCACAUCUGCUUUGGCUGGGCAACAGACGGUGUAUCAGCCAGGGCUCAAUGGCAGUGCUGAUAACGUGCAACUGUCGUUGUCUAAUGCCGAGGGCAAUACAGCCGUAGGUGUCAAUGGGCUCCCUCCUGGUGCGAUGCAGCCCGCCCAUAUCCGAACGAAGUCGCAGACGGCCAUCGUAGAGGACUACCUACCAGUCAGUGUGCCUCCGUCAGCCUCAUCUGUAGCGAAGCAGUUCCAGCAGCAGCAGCAACAUCAACAGCAACAACUAGGAGGUGGAUUGCAGCCCGGCCAGCCUGGGUUCAGGACGAAGCACCUCUCACAAGACACCUUCCUCAAACCACCUCAGCAAAAGUUCACCCUUGGAGCUGACGACGAAAUCGAUUCCGAUGAGGAGCAAGACCAGCAGAAGAAGAAGAAACCCUGGUACCACCUCCGGAGGAACAGGCCUCACAGCAGCGAGGGUCGCACAUCUACCGCUGCGUCGUCGGCUGACUUGGGCAGUUCUCGGGUUGAUCCAGAGCUAGGUGGUGUUGGGGCUGGUGCGGGGACGGGAGAGGCUGCGCAACCUCAGAGGUCGUUUGUUGUCAUUCGUAAGGCACCUGGGUCGAUGGGGAGGCUGAACCAGACUUCUUCGGGAUCGGGUAGCAACGACACUGGUGGUAGUAGUAGCGGGCCUAGCUCAAGUAGACCGGCAUAUCCGACGGCAUCCUCACGACCUCCAACGCGAUAA